UAUUUCUUGAUCAAGGAAGUAUCCUUUCUAACUCAUUCACUCUCUCUCCAUUUCUUCAACUUUCACUAAAAUUUUCCAUUAAAGCUUCUUGAGAUCUUCACUUAAUUAACCCAAACCUAACCUCCUCGAACUUUCCCUCCUUCCCUCUUUUUCUACUUAACUCAUAACCCUUCUUCUGAUUUCCCUCCUUGCUUCUUCCUUUUCUUUCUGUCUCUGUUUCAUAAUUAAUGGCAGGUAGCAGAAGUUUCAGUACUCUGCUGAUUGGUGAAUCUUAAAAUUUCCCCAUUUGCAUUUACACCAUAACCAACUGUACUUACAGCUUUUUUUCUUCCUUCUUUUACCCUCUAAAUUUAUUGCUUAGAGCCAUACACCAUUAAUACUGUUAUAUAUACUACUAGCACUAGUUAUUCGAAACCCAAAAAUUGAAUUAUGGCUAUGGUGGUGUAUAUGUGUGGUGAAGAGAAAUUCAGAAAAUCAUCCUUUAGAGCUGAUCGGAAGCCAUGGAUGCUGAAAGAUUACCUUGGAGAUGACAUGAGUUCAUGUUCUUCAAAUGGGUUCCGAUCAUUUCCUCGUCGACAAUGUUGUGUUACGGUUCGCAACCUUAUCGAGAAAGAAGUUAUGGGAUCCCGUCGGAAUCAUCACUCUAAACCUGCGAAACGUAUGAUUACGAGAAACCGUAGCAUUUCUUCAACUCUUCAAAAGGCUUCAAUGGCGGUGAUUAACGCUGUUAAGUUUCUUCCGUUUAAUAAUCCGGCGAAAAAUUCUUUGAAAUCUAGUGAUGGGAAAAACUUUCUUUCUAGAAGUUUCUCGAAGAAGUUGUUCAGGAGAAGUUUUUUCUGGAAGAAAGAAAAAAGUGGUAAUUUGAUGGUUAUGAAGAAGAGUAAUGGUGAUGAUGAUGAGAUUGAACGGUGGAUAUCUUCGGGGGUUGUUGGAACGGAGAAGUAUCAGCCGUUGGAUUUGUCUAAUGAUACGACUGUUACGAAUGUUUCAACGACGAGUGUAAGUAAUUACAGUGACGGUAAAAGUGAGAGUAGUUGGUCUGACGACAUUACUUUUACGUCUGAUUCUAGUGAAAACGAUGUCGUUGGGAGGAGAGAGAAAAUGGAAGUAGAAGGAGAAAAAGAAGUCAGCAAAAGAGUUGGCGGAAUAACCGGUCAGGAUUCCGUUGAGCCUGCGGUAUUAGCUAAGGAGAUGAAAUGGUUGAAUGUAGAAGAUGAAAAAGAACAAUCAAGUCCAAUUUCUGUAUUGGACUUUCCAUACAACGAGGAAGGAGGUUCUUCACCUUUUACCAUUAGAGCAUCCAGAAUAAAGGGGACUAAAGAGAGACUUAUGAAAAAGCUAGGGAGAUUCGAGUGUUUAGCAGCACUUGAAGCCGUUAGUUUUGAAACCCUAAUGUCCUCCACAUUUAUAGAAGAUCAAUCUUCUAAGUGUUCCAUCCAACCUUGUUCAACACCAAGCUAUGUCUUGUCUAGUGAAAGCGACGAAGAAGAAGACGAAGAACAAAGUCAUGAAAACAAAGUCGAAAAACAAGCACAAGACCUACUUAACAUUACAAAGGCCAAAAUACCAAAAAAAAUCACCCACAAAAUUGAGUUUGAAAAUUUGUUACUAGAUUUCUUUCGAGAAAAUGUUACCAAAAAAACAUAUGUCACGUUGCUAAAUGCGGCCGAGGAUUGGCUUAAUGGGCACUAUGAUAAGUUAAUAUUAGGGUGGGAAGUGAAGGAUAAGAGGCAAGCUUAUAUUAAAGACAUGGAAGAUGAAGGUUGGUGGCCUACAGAUGCUAAUUUACAAAAAGAAGAGGUAACAUCUAAGCUUGGAGAAGAGGUUUUGGCUAAUUUAUUGGAAGAGCUUAUUGUUGAAUUUUGCUCUUCUAACUCCUUUGCAGAUUAAUUUAUAGAGAAUUAAAUCUUGUCUCAAUUUGGCAUGUACGAAUUUCCUUAGGUAAGAUACUAGAUUUAAUUCUCGGUGCCAAGAGAUACUAUAUGUGAAUAUUUGGUAGGGUUCUAAUGGUAAAUUAGUCUUUAAUAAGAUAGGAGAUAGCUAGCACAAAAGAGUUGAUCUUCUAAUGUAAUGUAUGUUGUUCUUCUUUUUCUUUAUCUCAAGAAAAGAAGAUGGAGAUUUUUGGACUAAUUUAAUUUUUUUUGCAAUGUUUUGUAAAUGCACUUGCAUUUUGUGUGGUUAUUGGGUGCUAGUACCCAUUAAUAAAUGGUUUACUUAUA